AUGUCGAACGCAAAGGAGGAGGCGAAGGAGAAGAAGCUGAGGGAGAAGGAGGAGAAGCAGCUGGAGAAGCUGAAGAGCGAGCACGGGAAGAAGCUGAAGAGCCUCGAGGGCAAGCAGAAGAAGGAGCAGAGCGAGGCCAUCACGAAACACAAGAAGGAGAUCUCCGAACAGAAGAUCAAGCACGACGAGCAGCUGGCCAAGCUCAAUCUCAAGCACGGGCAGGAGAAGGAAAAGCUGAAGGUCAAGCAUGAGGAUCAGCAGCGCAAGCUGAAGGAGAAGCACGAUGAACAGCAGGCCAGCCUCAAGAACCAGAUCGCCGACGAGCGCAAGAAGAAGGAGGCCGCCGGCGCUGCGAUGGCCUCGCCCCGAGCCGGUGGCGACGACGUCCCUGCCCCGCCCCCUCGCGACUAA